AUGCGAAUACACGAACAUCGACACAUAAACGUCGAAGUACAACAAGAGCGAAAGAUGAAAACAGUGAAAACCAGAAUGCCGAACGUAUUUCAGAAAACAACAGCGCCAUACAGGAUUCUUAACCUUAAAUUAUUUUUUCAUGAACAACAGUCAUCAAAGAUCUCUGACAAAUUCAAAUAUUACAAAUCCUCUUUUAUGCCUCCUAUGAACCAACAUGUUUCCAUGUUUCAAAAUGCAAUCAUCAAAGAUCUUCACUUUCAAUACAGGUCAUUCACCCCGUUACCCAAUAAUAUAUCCAAAACAUGCAUGGAUAAUAUUACCAAACUAGCAAACAAUCAUGAGCUGGUUAUCACUGGUGCUGACAAAGGAGGUUUGAUAGUAGUUCAGGAUCUGUCUCAAUAUGACAAUGAAGCUUUCGGACAACUGUCUAAUGUUCGAUACUAUACCCAAUUAACUAUUGAUCCAACACCUGUUUUCAAACAACAGAUUGACUCCUUUCUUACAUUAGCUGUUGAAGAAGCAUUCAGCCUUUCCUGUGGCUUUAAUAUAGAUGUGAAAAAUCCAAAAAUAUUUCAGGAUGCAGCAUCAUCAUUUGGGUAUAAAGUAAUACAGUAUGGUAGUGUCGGAAGUGAAAGAAUUAUUGUUUCUGCUCCACUAGAGAAGGGAUUACAAAACAGAAUAGGGAAGAUCUUCUCCUGCAACUACAAUUCAGCAGGACAAUGCAGCGAAAUAAACGUAAAUGAACCUCCAGAAGCUGAGAAGAUAUCUCUUGGUCUAACACUAGUUUCUCAGCAGUCACCACGACCUUCACUACUUGUUUGUGGCCCAACUUUACCAAAAGAUUGUUCAACAAAUAUGCAUGUCAUUGGGAUGUGUUUCCACCUAAAUGAUCAGCUUUACAAGACAAGACAAUUACCAACAAAACUUUCAGAGUGUCCAAAGACACUAAUAGUAUUUUUGAUUGAUGGCUCUGGAAGUGUGGCUGCAUCUGAUUUUUUAACAAUGAAAGAGUUUGUGAAAAAUAUCAUGACGACAUUCCAAAGAGAACACACUCUGUUUUCUGUAAUGCAGUACUCACACCGGUUCACAACCCAUUUCACUUUCAAAAUGUACAGUUCAAGUUCAGAUCGUGACUCUCUUGUAGACAAUAUUGUACAGCUUACCGGAGCCACUCACACACCUACUGCAAUUAGGAAAGUUGUGGAUGAGCUUUUCAUAGAAGCUGAAGGAGCAAUGCCUGAAGAUAACAAAAUCCUUAUUGUGAUAACUGAUGGGAAAACGUACGGUGAUUACUCGUCAUUACCGGAAGCCAUUCAGAAAGCUCAGAACAAAGGCAUAACCCGCUAUGCGAUUGGGGUUGGAAAUGCUUUUGAUGAUCCUACAGCUUCCCUUGAAUUACGCACCAUAGCCUCAACACCUACAGCUGAGUUCCGUUUUAAAGUUUCAAGCUUUGCAGCACUCAGACAACUACAGAAAACUUUGGAACAGAAGAUAUUUGCAAUUGAGGGAACUCAGACUCAGUCAGGAAGUGCCUCAUUUCAGCAGGAAAUGUCUCAGGAAGGGUUGAGUGCACUUGUACAAUCUAAUUCAAUCCUUACAGGAGCUGCAGGUUCUUAUGACUGGGCUGGAGGAUUUUUUCACUAUGGACCUGACAGUGGCUUUUCCAGAUCAACAUUUAACAACGUAACGUCUACAAGCAAUGAUAUGAAGGAUGCAUAUCUUGGGUAUGCCAUGGCAACAUAUACAGAUAGCACUAAGGAGUACUUUAUUGUUGGAGCACCACGAUACAACCAUACUGGAAGAGUAUUUGUGUUUGAGAAGAUCUCACAGAAGUCUGCACUAAGGCCAGAUCUUACUAUUCCUGGGGAGCAGAUUGGAUCCUAUUUUGGGGCAGAACUCUGUACUAUUAACCCAGGAAUAAGUUCCCAGAAAAAAGUCCUCCUCAUUGGAGCUCCUCUUCAUUACAGCUCAAAAUCUGGAGGCCAAGUCUACAUCUGCCGUCUGGAGCGGAAAUUUGUCUGUACAAUUAUUUUGCAUGGAGAACCUGGACAUCCUUAUGCUAAGUUUGGAGCAACAAUAGCAGAAAUUAAAGACAUUAAUGGGGAUUCACUUACAGACGUUGCCAUUGGAGCACCUUUGGAGAACAACCACCAGGGAAGUGUGUAUAUCUUUUAUGGCAAUCAAAAUGGUAUCAGAUCCCACUACAGCCAGAGAAUACAAGGUGUGACAUCAACACUAGGCCUGCGUUACUUUGGCCAGUCCAUACACGGUAUUAUGGAUAUGAACAGAGAUGGCCUUGUCGACAUUGCUGUUGGAUCACUAGGAAAAGUUCUUGUUCUGCAGUCUCGACCUAUUGUGAGUGUUGAUGCAUUGAUAACUUUCACACCACGCCAGAUUCCUCUGAAAACCGUCAGAUGUAGGGGUGCUGAUAAACAAGAAGACUCUUCAAAUGCUCUCCAAGUUUGCUUCACAUUAAUAAAGAAAACAACUGACAAUUUAGGUUCAGCACCAGUAACUAUAACUUAUAAUCUGAAGCUGGAUUCUCUACGACAAAAAGAACGGGUGACAUUUGGAAUAAAUCUGCGUGAUCAUAAUGGUUCAUUUACAGAUAUUACCAGAACAAAAUGCAUUGAUGCCUCCAUUAAAAUACCGGCAUGUAUUAGGGAUACAUUUGCACCCAUUGCAGUGGGUCUGCAGUUUUCAGUUGUGGGGAGAGCAUACUCAUCAGAUAAUCUCCUUACACCUAUCCUGAGUGAAGAGUCCAAGACCCAGCUUAUUGGAGAGUUGCAUUUUGAAAAGAACUGUGGCCCAGAUACAAUAUGUAAAGACCAUCUUAUUUUGUCUUUUAACUUUACCAGAGCCGAACCCUUAGUGGUUGGCCUUAACCCAGUAAUAAAUCUGACAGUUGCAAUUGAAAACCGUGGAGAAGAUUCCUACAACACAUUAGUCACCUUCUUCUACCCGUCUGGACUGUCGUUCAGACGGGCAACAUUGCCUGACAAGCUGUCCUUCAUCAGCUGUGAUGGUACCGUAGGCACAGAGGACACCACCAUGAGAGACAUUUCUUGCAGAAUUAAUCACCCCGUGUUUUUUGCUGCAUCUAAGAUUGCAUUCACUGCAACAUUUGAUGUAUUUGCCAAAGCAGCAUGGGAGAAUACUCUUGUUGUCUCGGCCAAUGCCACAAGUGACAAUGCCGAGCACCUGCACCAUGCGACUGAUGUUUUUGACAGAAAGGAGCUUCCUGUGAAGUUUGGCAUUAAUGUCCUAGUCACUCGCCAUAUAGACUCGACUCGUUAUGCUAAUUUCUCAUCUCAGAAGCAGGAAAACAAGAAAAUCAUUCACAUUUACAAGGUAGAAAAUUUGGGCCAGUGGCCUGUACCAGUGGUUAUAAAUUUCUUGGUACCUUAUAAACUGAAAAACAACGAUGUCUGGAACAUUUCUGAGGUUGUACCUUCUGGUAAGGAUUUGUCUAAUCAGAAUAACUUCUGCAAGUACAUAAAGGAUGUUGUGGGAAAUUCAGAGAACAUUGCGGAGAAGAUUGAAAAGUCCAAAACACUGGAUUGCACCAUUGCCACAUGUAAACAGUUUCAAUGUAGCAUUUCAAGGCUUGAGAUAAAGAAUGAGCUGACAUUCGAAAUACAAGGAGAUGUGUUUCCUUCUUGGAUUGCUCAGACACUACUGAAAAAGGUCUUUUUAGCCAGUUCUGCUAGCAUCAUAUAUGACGGUCAGAAAUAUGUCCAUGUGUCUCAGGAUCAGGAUAUUUUCAUCAAAGCAGAGGCUACAACCGAACUUGAGGUGUAUGAUGACUAUAACUACCUCCCCAUCAUUAUUGGUAGCACUGUUGGAGGACUGCUUCUUCUGGGGCUCAUAACUCUUGGACUUUAUAAGGCUGGAUUUUUCAACAGACAGUACAAGGAUCUGAUGAAUGAAGCCCAAGAAGGUGGAACAGAAAGCAAUGCUGCUGAUGGGUCUUCUCCACCUCCAUCACAGCCAGAAAAUACUGUGUCCUAAAAAAAUGUAUCAGCAGUCAUCAUAAUUUCAUUCUGUGUUUUAUCUGCUUUAAUAAUGAAGUGUUACCAAGCUCCCAGACAACAUGUGCACAAACUGUUCUCUCUGAAUGCAGUUCACCACAGAUAAUGUUUUAUAGUCAUGUAAAUUCUUUGUUUGAAAAGCUCCUUUUGAAAGUGCUAACCUUGAUUUUAUUUUUCUUUGGACAUUUAAUUUUACUUAUUAUAAAAUGCUGACUGGUUGAAUUCAGCCAAUAAUCUUGUUAGAAAUUGGUGUAACACUUAACCACCAAUCUUAAAAGAAACAGUUCAGAGAGUAACAUAUUUCCAAUAUCAGAAUCUUAACAUGAAAAAUAAAUAUGCUGUGGUGCUUGCAGGUAAUACAUACAAUUUUAAAAAGUAUGAAUAAGUUGUUUAAGAAGCAUCAGGAAAAAUAGUGCUAAGAUGGGUAAAUGAUAAGGGUUUCAACUGCAUGUCCAGGAUACAAGAAACACUGCCACAAAAUGAGCGCACAAUAACUUGUGAAAGUGUAAUAGUUAAUGUUACACAUCUUGUGUUGUUUUUUUAUGUUAAGCUUGUAUUUGCUAAAUAUUUGUAAUACUUCUAAAAUAUUUAAAAAUCAAUGUGAAAAAAAUCCCAUUUUUAUUAAACAGUUUUCUCUUCA